UCCUGUCCGUUACGCUCAUUCGCUUUCAGAGAAGCAAGAUGUCUGGACUUUUAAGAGGACUCGCUCGAAUCCGCACCGCACCGGUUCUGCGUGGAUCAUCCAUAACCCAGCGAGCGAACAUCGCCACACGACCAGCCAAGGAGUCUAUUGGUCUCGCUGAGACAGCAGUUGGUCUGACAAUGUUUACCAUCGCUAUCCUGGGACCAGCUGGGUGGGUUCUGGCCAACCUGGAAAACUACAGAAAUAGGGGUUCUGCUAAGUGAUCCACCAGUCAUGGACUGAAAGCAGUUUGACCGAUUUUAUUGCUUUUAUCGCAUGUUGGGACCACAAUCCCACUGACCUUCAUCCUACCUGAACAACUUGUCUCCUUGUGCACCCAGCUACCUCUCCAUGCGACCAUUUACUAUUCUCCAACCAUUCCGGUCUUAUACCGAGCAUUUUGCUCUCUGUUAAAAGCUGUAAUACAUUACAAUGGGUGAUUGAAUUGUCUUUACAUGGAGCCUGUUACAUUGGAAAUAAACCCUUAUUUAAAUCUUAA